AUGCAAUCUCAAGUACCCUUUUCUACAACGGAUCUCUUUCUAUUGCCCAUCUCAACAAUUCUCAUCUUCCUAGCUUGCAAACUCCACAACCGUCUAAGAUUUAAGCUUCCUCCAGGACCCUACCCAUGGCCUAUCAUUGGGAACCUUUACAACCUGGGAGCCGUUAGAUCUCGGUGUUUUUUUGAGUUGUCACAAGUUUAUGGUCCAAUCGUAUCGGUGUGGUUGGGCUCAAGUUUGCACAUAGUAGUUUCAAACCCUGAAUUGGCAAAGCAAGUGCUCAAAGACAAUGAUGAGCAGUUAGCACAUAGGCACAGGACUUGGUCUAGUUCUAGGAUCACAAAAAAUGGUAAGGACCUUAUAUGGGCAGAUUAUGGUCCUCACUACAUAAAGCUUCGGAAGAUAUGUAUGCUUGAACUUUUAUCUCCUAAGAGUCUUGAGACUUUUAGACACGUUAGAGAAGAUGAAGUUAGAGCCAUGAUAGAGUCCAUUUUCAAAGAUUGUAGCAAGUCCCAAGAUUAUAGAAAAUGUUUAGUGGUCAGAAAAUACUUGAGAUCAGUGGCAUUCAACAUUAUCACAAUGCUAUUGUUUGGAAAGCGGUUUGAGAAUGAAGUGGGUGAGCUAAACCAGCAAGGGUUGGAAAUUGUGGCAAUUCUGGCUAAUGAAAGAAAGCUUGGUGCAUAUCUACCUAUUUUUGAAGAGAAUUGGUGGCUCAGAUGGGUUUUGUGGUUUCAAAGUACUGCAAUUUCCAGACAUUUGGCAAGGAAAGAGAAAUUCACACAAGCAAUCAAGGAGGAGCAUAUGCUUGAGAGUAAGUCCAACGGCGUUGGUGGUGUCAAGCAGCAUUUUUUGGGUGCAUUGCUUGGUGAUCAAGAAAAAUACGAACUCACUGAGGAUAGUGUUGAAGGAUUACUUUGGGAUAUGAUCACUGCAGGCACGGACACAAUUGCUAUCUCAGCUGAAUGGGCCUUGGCGCAGUUGAUCAAGAACCCGAGGGUGCAACGAAAGUCCCAAGAGGAGCUUGAUCGCGUAAUUGGGCUGGACCGCACGAUGACAGAAUCCGAUAUUUCAAGCCUUCCUUACCUAAAAUGUGUAGCCAAGGAGGCACUGAGGCUGCACCCUCCAACCCCACUAAUGCUACCUCACAAGGCCAAUGCCAGAGUCAAGAUUGGUGGGUAUGAUAUCCCUAAGGGAACCACUGUUCAUGUAAAUGUUUGGGCCAUAGGGCGUGAUCCGAAAGCGUGGCCCAACCCGGUUGAUUUUCGACCCGAAAGGUUCAUUGAAGAAGACAUUGAUGCAAAGCGUCAUAAUUUUCAGCUUCUACCAUUUGGUGCAGGAAGGCGUGUGUGCCCAGCAGUACAACUAGGCACCAAUUUGGUCACCUACAUGCUGGGGCAACUUUUGCAUAGCUUUUGUUGGACAUUGCCUGAAGGGAUCCAGCCCAAGGAUAUUGACACGUCAGAGGGCCCAGGAUUAGUGAGCUAUAUGCAGACCCCUCUACAAGGGGUCCCAAAUUUGAGAUUGCCACCACACUUGUACAAGCAGUCCCAAGAUUGA